AGGAUUCGUCGCGGCAUGCGCGAUUUGGUCUUUGGUGAACCUGGGAGCAUCGGCCUAGACUUUGAGGAACCAACUGAGACCGGCAACACGUGGAGGUUGCGCGCAACUCAUCCACCAGCUUCUGCACUGAAAAUGCAGGAAGGCAGUGAGUUGGUGGCCAUCAACCGGGUGCGCGUGACUGAACGCACGCCUCGAAGCGAGGUGGCUCGACGCAUCUCUUCGAGGCCGGUCUCAUUGACGUUCCGCUUGCCCAAGAGCAAUAAGGAAGUGCCCAAUUCAGAGAUUUUCCCAAUGGUAGUGUCCGAAAUCGUGGUGAGCGAACUGCGGGAAGGGCUGUUACCCCUGAAGACGGCCCAGCCGCCCCUAAGCACCGCCUUGCAGAAACACCAGGAGGUGAAGGCUCGGAAGGAACCGCAGCAUCUGCACCAGGCCGCACGGAUCCUAAACUCCGUGCAGUGCUGGGGUACCAUGCCGGGCUCCACCGUGCCUGCUUGGGUAGAAGACCUUCGAGUCGACAGCCCCCUGGGCAAACAAUGGGCAAAGACUGCCUCGUUGGACCUGUUUGCGCGGGAGCCAGGACUUCUGUUUCGCGUCCUGAUGUUCUGUGGAGAGGCGUCAACUCUGUGCUUUGCUGGACGGAGCUGUUCAACUUGGCAAAAGUUGCUGUUGGACACUGCGCAACGUUCUUCGCGACAGCUGUGGAGCUGGGUCCUGAGACAUGGACAAAGCAUCUCGUCUCCACAACGUCCGAACUUCUGGCACUGGUGCUGCCGAUCGGGAGAGGCCUUCUUGGCAGGACUCCAGCGCGCGGCGAGCGUGCAGGAAGAAGCUGACAGCCCUGAGGAGUCUUUGUUGGAAGCGGCAGCCAGGUGCGACGCCUCCGGCAGCCUCUCGCGCUUGUCCAGCGGCCUAGGGGGUGCUGCACCUAGCCUGGAGGUGGCGACCGGAUCCAUGCAGAAGUUGGCAAAGGCCCUGGGUUUGCAGAGGCUUCCAAGCAAAGUCCUGGACGGAUUGCUACAGGAUCCGUGGCACUGCCAAAGGUUGUGGUUGCUGUCGGAUGCUGCAUUGCCUUGGCUGGUGAUGCAAUGUCGCUACUUUCAGGUCGUCAUUGCAGCGCAUUUGCCUAACCUGUUCCGCCACAUGAUGGGCGAAGGCUUGGCUCCUGAGCUCUUCUACUGCCGCUGGAUACAAGGCCUCUUUCAAGGCUGUCUCAGCGUAGAGUUGCAGCUGCGGAUCAUGGAUCACUUCAUCUUCGAAAGGUCCCUCAAGAUCUUUGUCAAGCUGGCCGUAGCCAUCUUCACUUCACUGGAGAAGAGGUUGAUUGGUCAGGACAUCGAGAAGAUGAUGGAUCUGAUCUUUGAUCCCAAGGUUUGGGAGAUUGAUGAUGAGCAGCUGAUGAAGGAAACCGUAGGGGUGAAGGUCACUCGAUCCAUGCUCAAAGAGAUUCAAUGACGCAGAAAAAA